AUGGCCCGGGGUUUGUCAAGCGCCGCACAACCAGGCCCGGCCCGUCCGGCAUCCCUCCGCGAGCCAACCCCCAGCGAGCUUGGUACAUAUAAACCUUUGAUCCGCCUCGUGUUUCUGUGCAACAAUGCGCAACCCGUCAAAAACGUAGCAGCCCGUCUCCCAUCGACACUCGGUGAGCAAAUUCUCGCCUCUUUCUGUAGGUGGCCGCACACACUCUCGGUGCACCUGUCCCUCUCCUCUCACCGUCAUCCCUUUUCUUCCAUCGCAUCACAAUUUGUUGGCGUGCGCUCCGUUUCGUCCUGUUACAUUGUUUCGCCUACGACCCUCCUCCCCGCCGCUUUGCCGUGUCCCGUAUCGUGA